UCUUGUCAGUCAAAGAAAGGAGCAGAUCAAGCCAUGCAAGAAAGCAUCAUCAUUAUAUGCCCGACUUGUAUCUCCAAGGACUUUUAAUACAAAGAUGGAAACAAGGAUAGAGCUGGCUGUAUUGGACUCUAUUGAACCCACAACAUUUGUAGACAUGACACGCUUGAUUGUUAGAAAAACACCUCUUUAUAAACAAUAUCAGCAACUCAAGUUACAGUACCAUGCCUUUUCAUCAAAACUUGAAGAAAACCUUGUUCCUUUUACAAGCGAAAAAAGUCAUUUGAACGAUUGGAGUAAACGCACAAGCGUGUUUGAAAAGACAGAUUGUAUAGCACCCAUGGUUCAAACAUUGAUAGAUGAAAUGCGUCGAAUACCAGUCAGAAUGAGAGAGUCUUAUAUAAGGCAAUGGAAGCGAUGUCUAGUUAAACGGGCUCUUGCUAUGAUCAAGUUUGUAGAAGAUGAAACCCAUCUGAUAAUGAUUUAGUAACAAGGUUAAUGAAUGCCUUAGCUCUGUACAACAUGUCUGAUUUUACUAUCGUUUUAACUCAAGCAGAAAAGCUUAAACCGGGUAUGGUUGA